AAUUUGAGGUCGAUAAAUUUUCCCCCCAGAAAUCCACCAUCCCCACAUAUAUAAAUACAACCUCAUCUUCUUGCAACAGUGAUUCAGAGUUCAGACUUCUUUUGUCGUCUUCCUCCUCCUCCCAUUCUACUUCCUCUUAUGCCGCUUCCUUCAUGUUCAUGGCAUGUUUAGACAAUAUCAUUAUCAUCAUGUAUAAUCAUCAUCAUCAACAAAGCUCCGACCACCCUAAAUCCUCCAUUAAUCCACCCAUCAGCCCCCGUAUUUCCUUCUCCCACGACUUCGCUGAAUCUCUCCAUUCUCGUCCCCAGAUCCUCAAGUCCGCCAGAGACUACUCCGCUCCGGUUUCCUCCGACUUCGAGUUUUCCGUUUCUAACAACUCCAUGAUGCCAGCUGAUGAGCUUUUCUUCAAGGGUCGGUUGUUGCCUUUCAAGGAUAGUGCCGCCGGAUCCGGUAUCGGACAGAAAACCACUCUUCGUGACGAGCUCCUUGCCGGAGAAGAUGAAGACUGCAACGGAGGUGGUGGCGGCGGCGGCAGUAGUUUGUUUAGGCCGCCGAAGGCUUCUAGUGGUACACGGUGGAAAGGGUUUUUGGGUCUUCGGAAAUCUCACAUUGGGUCGAAAAGAUCCGAUAAGAACGACGGAUCCGGGUCUGGGUCUGUUUCGGGUCAAGAUGACGUUCAUGCUUCCAAGUCUUCACAGGAAAUGAUGACUCAAGGAGGAGGAUCAAGUAAUUGCCGGGACAUGGAAUUUAGGAUGCAAUGAGUACGAGUGAUGUAAAGGUGGGGGUGAUUUUUUAUUGGAGGGUGGGGGGUUAUUCUUGUAAUUUUAGGUAGAUGAUUGAGGGUAAUUUAGGGAUUUUGGAUGUGAAAAUCACCAUAGAAGUUUGUGUUUGAUGAUGGAGUUUGCAUGAAGUUGGAUGGGUGGAGGGCAAAAUUGUAAUUUUGGUAGUGGGAUAAAUGGAUCUCUAACAGUCAAUUUGACUUCAACGUCAAUCUCUUUCACAAGAUUCUCCUUUUUUUGCUCUUGUCUUUUGGGUAUCAAACAAUUAAUACCCAAAACAUCCCCACCACCCUCUUCCUAGCUACCAACAUUAAUUCCUGCUUUAGAAUUUGAAAUUCCAUUAUUGCCCCUACCGAGAUCUCUACCUUUCAUGAAUGUUGAAUUUGUCAAAUUGUCAUAAUGUUUUCCCUUGGUUAAACAUGUGAG